AUGGCCGACGAAACAUAUCAUGUGUACACUCGUACAGAAAACAUUACUGAGCAGGAUGACAGACAUUUAGCGGGAGCAACAAAGGAGAUAAGAAAUGAUCUAACGGUUAUUAUACCCGAAAAUCCUUUCCCAGAAAUACUGGUCGAAGCGUAUCCACCUCUAAAAUUCUCGUGGGUUAUUCCGAAGAAGUUAGCGGCAAUGGCCUUUCCCAGAAAUAAAGAAAAUCUACAGUUCCUUGUCAACCAGGGUAUUACGAAUCUGGUGACAUUGACCGCUGGAAAAAAGCCUCCCGUUGACGACAUUGCCAGAUUGAGGUGGACGGAAAUACCAAUAGAAGAAUUCGAACUACCGACGGUGGAACAGAUUAAAAAGUUUGUUGAUGUUUGUAAAAGGGCCGAUAAAAACGGUGAGGUCAUGGGCAUUCACUGUCGACAAGGGCGCAGUCGGUCGGGCGUGAUGCUGGCUUGCUACCUGGUGCACUUCCACCGUUUCCUACCGGACCAGGCCUGCAACGUCAUCCGGUUGAUGCGGCCAGGCUCCUUGGAUUUCCCCGAGCAAGAAGAAGUCGUUGACAAGUACUACGAACACUUGAUCGAAGACAAUCCCCUCAGAUUCGGUGUCAGCGGUGAAGUAAUGGAGGAGUUCAUAGAAGCGGCCAGAGAUUACACAAAAAAAGGCGUA